CCACCACCCGCCUCACGAAGCUCUCCCCUCCCAUCGGCGGCGGAGAUGGUGGGGCUGCUCAAGGCGCUGGUGUACGGCGCCGGGGGCAUGGCGGUGGUCGGCCUGGCGGCGCUGGUGGCGCUGCAGGAGCGCCUCGUCUACGUGCCCGUGCUCCCGGGCCUCGCGCGCGCCUACUCCAUCACGCCCUCGCGCCUCCGCCUCGUCUACGAGGACGUCUGGCUCCGCGCCGCCGACGGCGUGCGCCUCCACUCCUGGUUCCUCCGCCACUCACCCACCUGCCGAGGUCCAACCAUUCUGUUCUUCCAAGAAAAUGCCGGCAACAUUGCACAUCGUUUGGAAUGCGUCCGAUUAAUGAUGCAGCGGCUGCAGUGCAAUGUGUUUAUGCUUUCUUACAGAGGGUACGGCGAGAGUGAAGGUUUUCCUUCUCAGAGUGGUAUCACAAAAGAUGCACAGGCCGCACUUGAUCAUCUAGUUCAGAGGAAGGACAUUGACACAUCCAGGAUAGUUAUCUUUGGGAGAUCUUUAGGAGGUGCUGUUGGAGCAGUUCUUGCAAAAAAUAAUCCUGAUAAGGUGUCUGCUCUAAUACUGGAAAAUACUUUCACAUCUAUAUUGGAUAUGGCUGGUAUCAUGCUCCCCUUCCUAAGAUGGUUCAUAGGUGGCAGUUCUUCUAAAGGCCCAAAACUUCUUAACUGCGUUGUUCGCUCUCCAUGGAGUACACUUGAUGUUGUUGCAGAGGUCAAGCAGCCCAUUCUCUUCCUUUCUGGAUUACAAGAUGAACUUGUCCCCCCUUCACACAUGAAGAUGCUUUAUGACAAAGCUAUUGAAAAUAACAGGAAUUGUAGAUUUGUCGAUUUUCCCAGUGGUAUGCAUAUGGAUACCUGGAUUUCUGGAGGAGACCGUUACUGGAGGACAAUCCAAUUGUUUCUAGACCAAUAUGCUCCAGAAGGACAGAGUUGUGAUGCCAGUUGUGCAAGUGAAAUUGCUGAUGAUGAACCUGCUUCACGGGGAUGAAAAAAAGUGGGAGUUAUUUUAGCUCGUCUUUUGACGAAUUCAAUCUCUUUCUAUAUGAAGCUGCAUAAUAACUGGAACAUCUAGAGCAGCGUUCCACCAGUUUUCUGAUGUUGAUGCAAUUCCAGUCAUUGAUGAAUUGAAGAAGCCAAAGCUGUGAAUAUAUGUUGAGGUUGUUCUCCAUCCCGUGUGCUGCUGCUGCAUUGUCUGUGGACCAACAUAUAUAUUUCUGUGUCUGGUCUAGCCUUGGACCAUUGAUUUCUUGUAUCAUGUAUGAAUUAUCUUUAUUCAACUAUCUGCACGUUUUUUAUAACUAGCAGUAGCAUAUGCCAGAAAAUCUGGAAUUUGGUCUAUGACAACUCAAUACAUAGGGUAAGAUUGUUGGCUCAACCAUUUAGUUUGUGAUUUUGAUUGUCGCUAUU